AAUAAAAAUAGAUCAAAGUCUCUUCCCGUCGUCUGCUACAAAAAUUGAAUUGAAUUCAACAAUCUCCUUCUUCUUCUUCUUCUUCUUCCUCGAUCAAUCAAUCUUUUCCUUGCUCUUCAAAUCGUCACGGGUGUAUCAACCAACUAUACGUUUUUCUUGUCAUUUCUUUUCUGCUGUUUUCUCCAAAUUCAUCCACUUCGUUUGUCCCAAUUUCUUGAUUGAUCCCCUCGAUCAUUUCAUCGAUUUUCUGGGUUUUUGGUUUGUUUAUUCCAUUGCCCCUUUUCAGACUUGAAGAAUCUCCAAGACCCUUUUCCAGUUUCGUAAUAUUCCGCUUUAUAAAUCAUUUUAUCAAUUUUCUGGGUUUUUGGUUGACCUUCCCCCCUAUGCUGAAUUCACCGAGUUCAUUGAUCUCUACUACAAUGUGCCCCUUUUCGGCAAACGUCAAUCCACUUCCGUGAUCUCUACCGAUUGCAAUUUACUUCACAUUAACAUUACUCCGAAGUUUGUAUUCUGCUGAUUGGAUAUGAAGCUGUUAGUUCGUGUGAUUGAAGCCAAGAAUCUACCUGCAAUAGAUCCAAAUGGUUCCAUUGAUCCAUAUGUGAAAUUAAAACUAGGGAGCCAGAGGUUCAAGACUAAAGUGGUGAAAAAGUGCUUGAACCCUUCUUGGUGCGAUGAGUUUAGCUUCAAGGUGGAGGAUUUGAAGGAGCAGCUUGUUGUUACUGUGUUGAAUGAAGAUAAGUACUUCAAUGAUGAUUUUGUUGGCAGUAUUAAAAUCCCCAUUUCUCAGGUUUUCGAUACUGUUGACAAAUCCCUUGGUACUAUAUGGUAUCGUUUGCAGCCCAAGAAGAAAUCCAAGUUCAAAGAAUGCGGCGAAAUUCUUCUGACGGUAUGUUUUUCCCAAAAUAACCCUCAAUCGGACUUGCAAGCACAAGCUGAGAAUGGAGCAUUGUCGCCUGCAAGGUCUUCCACUAGUUCAAGAAUGUCAUCUCCAAUGAGGUCAGAAGAAGCUGCUGCACCCAUGAAAGAGGAAAAAACAAACAAAGAGAAGAUUUCAAGUCUGCUUUCUCAGAUUUUCAACAGAAACAACGAACCAAUCCUACAAUCCGUGACUACUAAACUGACCGAGCUACCCGAGGUGCCCGAAACCGACGACUCAGAGGUAUCCGAGGACAAAACUGAAGAACAAAUCUCAUCUGCAAACUUUGGAGAACUAAUGAAAAACAUGGAAGAGAAAGAUGAAGGCAGGGAGAUGCCUGCUAAUUUACCUGGAGGUGUAAUGUUGGAUCAGAUGUAUGCGAUUUCACCAUCUGAAUUGAAUUCUUUCAUCUUCUCAUCCGAAUCAAACUAUCUGAAACAAUUAGCAGAGAUUCAAGGAAGUACAGAUCUUCAAGUGGGACCAUGGAAAUUCGACACAGAAAGCAGUAGUCUAAAAAGAGUGGUUACAUACGUGAAAGCAGCAUCUAGGUUAAUAAAAGCAAUAAAAGCAAUCGAAGAUCAAACAUAUUUGAAAGCAGAUGGUAAAUGUUUUGCAGUUUUAGCAAGUGUGAACACUCCAGAAGCUCCAUAUGCAAGCAAUUACAGGGUUGAGGUUAUGACCUCCAUUUCUCCAGGACCCGAGCUUCCAUCAGGGGAAGAGUGUUCUCAUUUGGUGGUUUCAUGGCGGAUGAAUUUCUUGCAUAACACAAUGAUGAAGGGUAUGAUAGAAGGUGGGGCCCGCCAAGGUGUGAAGGAUAGUUUUGAGCAGGUUGGGGGUUUGUUGGGUGAAAAGCUGAAGGUGGUUGAUUUGAAAGAUUUUGGAUCAGAAAAAGAACAAGCUUUGGCAUCUUUACAGGUGGAACCACAGUCAGAUUGGAAGCUUGCUGUUCAAUAUUUUGCUAAUUUCACUGUCAUUUCGACUUUUUUCAUGGGAUUGUAUGUGCUUGUGCAUCUCUUUUUAGCCAUGCCUAGUACCAUUCAAGGCCUUGAAUUUGGUGGCUUGGAUUUACCAGAUUCAAUUGGUGAAGUUGUUGUCUGUGGAGUUUUGGUUCUUCAAGGUGAAAGAGUUAUGUAUCUCAUAUCACGCUUUAUGCAAGCUAGAGUGCAAAAAGGUGGUGAUCAUGGAAUAAAAGCACAAGGGGAUGGAUGGUUGCUGACUGUGGCAUUGGUUGAAGGAAGCAAUUUAGCAGCUGUUGAUUCAAGUUGCUUAUCUGAUCCAUACGUUGUCUUCACAUGCAAUGGGAAAACAAGAACCAGCUCAAUAAAAUUCCAAAAAUCCGAUCCUCGCUGGAAUGAAAUAUUUGAAUUUGAUGCAAUGGAUGACCCUCCAUCUACUUUGGAUGUUGAGGUUUAUGAUUUUGAUGGACCUUUUGAUGAAGCUGUGUCUUUGGGGCGUACUCAAAUAAAUUUUGUAAAAACAAAUAUUUCUGAUUUGGGUGAUGUGUGGAUUCCUCUUCAAGGGAAGUUAGCACAGGCCUGUCAAUCUAAAUUGCAUUUGAGGAUUUUUUUGAAUAAUACAAGAGGUAGCAAUAUUAUCAAAGAAUAUUUGACCAAGAUGGAAAAAGAGGUUGGAAAGAAGAUAAAAUUGCGUUCUCCUCAAACAAACUCGGCAUUUCAGAAGCUCUUUAAGCUUCCACCAGAGGAGUUUUUGAUAAAUGAUUUUACAUGUCAUUUGAAGCGUAAAAUGCCCCUCCAGGGUCGUUUGUUUUUGUCAGCAAGAAUAAUAGGGUUCCAUGGGGACAUAUUUGGACACAAGACAAACUUUUAUUUUCUAUGGGAAGACAUAGAAGAUAUUCAAGUGGUCCCACCUACUUUGUCAUCAAUGGGUAGUCCGAUUGUGGUCAUAACAUUACUUCCAGGCAAAGGCUUGGAUGCAAAGCAUGGUGCAAAGACACAAGAUCCACAAGGCAGGCUCAAAUUUCAUUUCCAGUCUUUUGUGUCUUUCAAUGUUGCACACAGGACGAUAAUGGCUUUGUGGAGGGCGAGAGCGUUGAGUCCUGAGCAGAAGGCACUAAUUGCUGAAGAGGAAUCUGAUGAUAAGAUGGUUGAAGAGGAAUCGACAUCAUCCAUUAGAAGUGAUGAUGACUCUGAUAACAAAACCCUUCAGAGUGAAGAGAGCGGAUCCUUUUUAGGCAUUCAAGAUGUCAGCCUGUCUGUUGUCUACUCCUCUGUUCUUUCGGUCCCUUCGAAUUUUGUCAUGGAGCUGUUUAGUGGGAGUGAGUUGGAGCGGAGAGCAAUGGACAGGGCGCACUGUGUGAAUUAUUCAACGAGCCCAUGGGAGUUUGAAAAGCCGGAUGUUUAUCAGAGACAGACUUAUUACAAAUUUGACAUCAGCGUCUCUCGUUAUGGAGGAGAAGUCACCACCACUCAGCAAAAAAUCCAGAGACCGAAACGGUUGGCUUGUCGAAGAGGUCACCACUCUCCAUGGGGUCCCACUUGGCGACUAUUUCACCCUUCAUACCAAGUACCAAAUAGAGGAUCAAGCUUCAAGAUCCAUUGGAUGUAAAGUGGUGGUGUAUUUUGGGAUUGCAUGGUUAAAAAGCACAAAACAUAAGAAAAAGAUCACAAAAAACAUACACGCCAAUCUCCAAGAUCGUAUGAUGAUCAUGUUUAGUACAAUUGAGAAGGAGUUUGUAGCAGGAAAACAACAGAUGCAGGGCUCAACUUAGACUCAAAUCAAAUCAUUCAAUAUACUAAAUAGACAGACAUUUUGUAAGCCAAAUUUCUAGCGUAUCAUAGAUAGCGCUUUGUAUUUUGUAUAGUUGUCAAUUGUAAUAACCCCCCAUUUCAUUUGGAAUCAAUUUUGGAAAGCCAAUGUAGUUGUUGUGUACAAGUGUAGGAAAGUAGCCUAGACUCAAGGUUUAUACACACAUUUCUCAAGGUUUAUACACUCUAUUACUUACUACCACGGAU